AUGGAAGCGUUCAGAGACGCUGUGCGUAGGGUCAUGAGCAGGUCGUCUGACGAUCAACAGAUGGACUGCGUGCUCAUGGCGUCCGUCCAGAAGCAGCUGACCGAAGUCGCGGACGCCGUAGCCUCGGUCUGGCCACUGGCUGAACUGUCAGACCCAGAGAGACGCGAGUGCGCUAAGACUUCGGCCGUAAGACGAUUUCCGGCGAGAAGCAUCGUCUACGAUGACGUUCGCAACGCCAUCGAGGCAAACGCUUACUUCAUGCUCGAAGGACGGUGUACUUGCAUGCAGCGACUCCGGGUCCGUAAGACGACAGAAUAUGGCCGCAACCGUUUCAAGCUGAUCCGUGACCUUGGCGGUGACGGCCAAUCACAUCCGGACCUACAGAAAAACGUACAGACGGUCUACGUGAAGAUGACAGAUCUACGACCGGGUUCGGUUUUUGGCCUAGGUGAAAGGCGGUCGGGGCGAAUAGUGAUGGCCACGGCCGAUGUCAAGUGUUUGCUGGUCCCUUUGGCAUUCCUCGCCAAGCACAACGCGUCCAACAUCUGGGGCCGGACUGUGUGCUCCCUGAACAGUACCAACCCGACGGCCGAACAGUCGUUCCGGAAGUUAGUCGUGGAAAACAGAUGGGCAGAGUACAAGAAGUCGUUAGCAGACGACUUGUUCCGGAAACGCCGACCAUAG